AUGAGUCGGGAUGCGUGGACCAAGAAGAAAGCCAAUGCCAGUGGGGACAAUGGUUGGGCUGAGAGGGGGGGCUACAUGGCAGCCAAGGUGUCAAAGUUGGAGGAGCAGUUCAAAAGUGAUGCUCCCCGGGAGAAACAGAAGGAAAGCACUUCCAGCAUUUUUAAUGGGGUGGCGAUCUAUGUUAACGGCUACACAGAACCGAGUGCGGAUGAGCUCCGCAGGCUGAUGAUGCUGCACGGUGGACAGUUUCAUGUCUAUUAUUCCCGCUCCAAGACCACUCACAUCAUUGCCAACAAUUUGCCAAACAGCAAAAUUCAGGAGCUGAGAGUGGAGAAAGUCAUCAAGCCUGGUUGGAUUACUGACAGCAUUAAAGCAGGGCGUCUCCUCCCUUACUUGCACUAUCAACUGUACGCUAAACACAAAGGGCCGCUCUUUCCGGCAAUGAAGCAGCGUCAGACCUCAGAGACCGCUGGACCCAGUCACAGUCAUUCCAGUGUUCCCAACCAGGAGAGCUCCAACUCCUGCCAGAAGAGCCCCUCAUCCCACCCACAUCGUAGCUCCUCAGCAUCCUCUCACUCAGACCCUGAGCACAGUCACUUUAGUGAGUCUUGUCACCUCAUGCUCUUCAGCCACAGAGUGCAGACCAAACUGAACCUCAAACCCCCGGCAGACCUGAGUGAAUGCAGAAUCAUGAGCCCUGAAAGAAUAGACAGUUCCCCAAACAAACUAGAUCCCUACGAGUUCCCCAACAGUCCUCCAAAGCAGUCCGACCUGCUGCCUCUUUGUCUCGAGGAAUCAUGUUCAAAAGAUGCACUAAAAUCACCGCAACAAGUCGACUCAAAUCUCGACAAAAUUCCUCAUUCCCCGACAUCUCAUCCGCAUGCUCCCGUGCGUCUGAACGGAAGUCACCAAAAUGCCUUUUCAUCCCGCCCUGCCUCAGAAAGCCACUCAACAGUCCGACCUCAACCCAAUGCCGCGGCAUCUGGAUCUGCGGCUCAGCUGCUGGCUCAGACUGGAGGCCUGAUUUCGGAGUAUUACGCGCACUCACGUUUACAUCAGAUCUCUACGUGGAGGACAGGCUUCUCUGAGUACGUCAAUGAACUUCACAGCAAGCGAAAGGCCACGGGCGGUGCGUCCUUUCCAGGCAAAGAACGACUUCGGAAAUUGGUUUCGCAGCGUGCGUUUAAAAGCCAAGCUACACCGACACAUUUUGCAGUUAAAUCCUGCAUCCUCCACGUGGACAUGGAUUGUUUCUUUGUGUCUGUUGGUAUCCGAAAUCGACCUGAACUCAAAGGUAAGCCUGUUGCUGUGACUAGUAACCGUGGCCAUAUGCAUGUGCCUUUAAGACCAGGGGCCAACCCACAGUUGGAACAGCAGUACUACCAGAGGAAACACUCUUUGGCUUCACCUGAUGAACAGUUUGAGUAUUUACACGAUGCUACUUCACAAGAAAGUGCAGAAAUACAUGUAAAUGGAGUCGACCAGGACGCUGCUCUUUCCAUGGCAGAAAUUGCAUCCUGCAGUUACGCUGCAAGACAGGCAGGUGUGAAAAACGGGAUGUUUUUUGGCAAAGCCAAAAAGCUGUGUCCCACUCUGCAGUCUGUCCCGUACGACUUUGACGCCUACAAGGAGGUGGCUCUCACCAUGUACGAGACGUUGGCUGGUUACAGCCAUGACAUUGAGGCUCUGAGCUGUGAUGAACUACUACUGGAUGCGUCUGCUCUCAUAGCUGAGUUGGGUGUCGACCCGGAAGAUCUGGCUAAAGCCAUUAGGACAGACAUCAAGGAGAGGACGGGAUGCUGCGCUUCAGUUGGCAUGGGGUCCAACAUCUUGUUGGCCCGUCUUUCAACACGCAAGGCCAAACCAGACGGGCAGUACUUCUUAAAGUCAGAGGAAGUAGACGAUUUUAUCAGGGAUUUACCAGUAACCAGCUUGCCAGGUGUCGGGCCUGUCAUGGGCAAAAAGCUGGCAGCUAUUGGGGUCAAGUCAUGUGGGGACCUCCGGCAGGUGUCUCUGACUCAGCUGCAGAAGAAGUUUGGACCCCGCUCAGGACAAACAUUGUUCCGCUUCUGCAGGGGUCUCGACGACCGGCCUGUACGCUACGAGAAGCAAAGAAAGUCCGUUUCAGCAGAGAUGAACUACAAUAUACGCUUUAAAAAGAUUGAUGAGGCUGAGGCUUUCCUAUCCAACCUUUCCAUGGAAGUGCAGCGACGUCUUAAAGAAGCUGGGCUGCAAGGACGCAGAGUGACCCUCAAGGUUAUGGUCCGCAAGGAAGGUGCACCACAGGAGACGGCAAAAUACGGUGGACAUGGAAUAUGUGAUAAUUUUGCCAAGACAGUGAUGCUAGCACAGUCCACUGAUAGUGGCCAGGUGAUUGCAGCUGCAGUCAUCAAAAUGUUGCACUCUAUGAAGCUGCAAGUGAAGGACCUUCGAGGCCUAGGCAUCCAGGUCCAGGUUCUCGAGGGAAGUCAUUCCGCUCAGAACACCACCACCGGCCUUCGAACACGCUCUAUCAAGGAUAUGUUGUUCAGCCAUACGUCCACUAGUAGAGGUUGGCGUCUUUGUGCCGUGGUUCAUGAAGAGACACACACUAUUCAAGCUGUAUCGCCUGGACCCGUUGAGGAUCCUUACUCUCCAAAUGCAUCGGUUCCAGGAACAAGCAAAGAACAUAUAACAUGCAGACAAACGCCAAAACACCCUAGAACACGCCUCAACUUCAGUAUCGAAAUCCCUUCACCUUCACAGGUGGAUCGUUCCGUGUUGGAAGCCCUACCCGCAGAACUGAGAUUACAAGUGGAGCAGUCGUGGACUUGCAGAGAAGGCAGACAAACAAACCACUCUUGUCCAGCAAGUCAGCAACCUUCGAGUCCCAAGUCCCGGCCUGUCUCGCCUCUCUGUCCUCCUGCUGCACUGAACAAACCACUUGCACCGCCUGGAACAUUAGUGCUGCAGAUUCCAAAUCAGCCGGACAGUCCAGACAUCAUUUUGGAACUGCCCAACUACUCCCAGGUUGACCCAGAUGUUUUUGCCGCUCUUCCCAAAGAGCUUCAGGAGGAACUCAAGUCUGCCUACAACCGUGCUGCUAAUAACCAGCCUCAGACAAAAAUGUUGGAGCAGAAGAAUGCACUUUUACAGCUGAAGCAGUCAGUAGGAGUUGGCGUCGGACGAAUGAAGCGGCGAUAUAAGAGGAAGAACACAGGAAGCCCCGCCAAAAAGGGCCCAUCGCCUCAAAAGAAGUCCCGCACAAUUAUCAGCCCUUCCAAAACCGGAGCGCCCUUAACAAAACUCAAGGAGCCUAUGAAUGUCCUGAAGGCUGAAAAUGGUCCAUCCACGUCAUCUUCAAAGGAGGAUGUCCCAGAGCCGUUGCCCAAAUGCGUCCUUUGCCCUUCCCCAGCUCUGGCUGGAGCCUCUGAGCUUCCGGAUAUCAAAACACUGUUACGAGAAUGGGUGACCACCAUGACAGACCCCAUGGAAGAGGACAUCCUUCAGGUGGUGAAAUAUUGCACUGAUUUAAUCGAAGACAAAGAUCUAGAGAAGCUGGAUCUGAUCAUAAAAUACAUGAAGAGGAUCAUGCAGCAGUCGCUCGAGUCCGUGUGGAGCAUGGCCUUUGACUUCAUUGUGGACAAUGUGCAGGUGGUUGUGCAGCAAACCUACGGUAGCACCCUGAAGAUCACAUGA